AUGAUCUUCAACACUCAGGUCGCAGUCGCUGCACUGCUUACUUCAAGCUUCGCUGUUGCUCUUCCUUACGACAGCUGGGGUUCCAGCAGCAGCAGCAGUACCAAGGAAAUUAAGACCACUUCCUCCCCCGCUGGCUACGGUUCCACUCCAUCCUACAGCGGUGGUUGGGGCGGAUCUGCCACUGAGUCCAAGACCGAGUCCAAGACCAUCGAAUCGAAGACUUCUCCGACUGUCAGCUCCUGGAGCCAGACUACUGAGAGCAAAACUACCCCUACCAUCAGCUCGUGGACUACCGAGUCUUCCAAGUCAAGCAGCUACAGCUUUUCUACGAGCUCUUCCAAGUCGAGCAAAUCGUCCAAAUCCAAGAGCUCUUCCACCAGCGUCAGCACAUCCUGCAAGACCGAGUACGUGAUUUCGACUUCUACUGGAUACUUGACCACAGUCACCUAUUCGGCCACCACCAUCUACGUCCCUACGGUCAGCGUCUCCACUUACGAGACUGUCUCGACCUUUGUCAGCACUGGCCAGACCAUCAUCGCAACGCCCACCACUGUCGUAGAGACCAAGCCUGUCUUCUCAUCUGAGGUGACCUGGAGCACCUAUUCCACCUGCCUUGUGACUUCUAAGCCCGUUACCAUCACCUCCACCGCUUAUGAGACUCAAACCGAGACUAGCGUGGUCACUGAGACCAAGUCUGUUGAGCAGACUCAGACAAAGACCGUUACUGAGGUCAAGACCAUCACCGUCAGCGUGCCCGAAGUUGAAAGCAAGACUAUCACUAUCACAAAGCCAGCUAUCCAGACAUUCAAGACUGGCAAGGCGGUCUGCACCACCAUUCCUUCCUACGGUGGCGGCGGCUACGGCGGCUGGUAA